AGUAAUAAACAGCUUGCCAUAUACAGAAAGUAUAUCAGAGGACCUGAUGACCAAUACAUUGAUACACACAUUGAAUGUUACAGAUGUUGAUACAGCAGAUAUCAUCACUUGCACAUUACAUUCACAAAAUGCGUUAUUUGAAUUAAGUAAAAUAUCUCCGGCAUUAGUGGAAUACGGGGUCUUCUUGAAAGGUGGAACAGUUUUAAAUUACGACAUUACACCGUCCUAUUCCCUUGACAUAGAGUGUGGUGAUCAUAGGAGAAAAGUCACUGAUGUCCUCACAGUUGAUCUCAUUCGUAAUGAGCCACCAACCAUUGUUAACUUACCAAUGAGCUGCGAUAUACCAGAGAGUAUUGCAACAGAGAGUCUCUUGUAUACAGUAUCCGUUACCGAUCCAACCAAUGAUUCAGUUACAUGUACCCUAGUAGCAGCGAGCUCUAUAUAUUUUUUACAGUCUGGAUCAACUCAGUUUGAAACAGAUAUCUAUGUAAGAGGAAACCAAGGCUUUGUGUACGACACCCAAAAGCAAUAUACUAUAGACAUAGAGUGUGAAGACUUGAGGCGAAGUGAUUCGUCAUAUUUUUACGUAUACCUUCUUCGCAAUAUGUCUCCAUCAUUCACUAAUCUUCAAGCUAAAACCACCGUAUCGGCACAAGCAGUAGUGGCCGGUCAGGUUAUUUAUACUAUAACAAGUGUAGAUCCUGAGAAUGACAAUGUACAGUAUACAAUGACAUCCAUCAGUGCAACACCACCAUUUUCAAUCAAUCAGAACACUGGUGCUAUUUCAUUGAGUCGCUCAAUUAAGACUGAGUUAGAAAUCGGAUAUGAAUUAUAUAUCAGCGUAUCAGAUGGUCGGAACACUGUUACUUCACGAACAUUAUCUGUUCGAAUUAUAGACAUCAACCAUCCACCAAAAUUCUUAAAUUCAAUACAAACGGAAGUUGUUUUAGAAGGAAUAAGUAUCGGAUCGUCUAUAUUUCAACCAUCAAUUACUGAUGAAGAUUUGUUAGACGUUCAUACGUUUUUAGUUUCGUAUUCACCACCAGAAGGUGCUGUCUACUUUGGAGUAGACACGUCAAGUGGAUUAAUAACUUCCUUAGUAGAAAUUGAUUACGAGACUAUUCCGGACAAGACGUUUCUACUGACGAUUACUGGGUCAGAUUCUCUGAUGGUAGACACCACAAAUAUCACUCUUAAUAUACAGAAUGUCAAUGAAGCACCAAAAUUUACCAAAAUUAACUAUGCAUUCUCAGCGACAGAAAAUAGUGGUGGAACUGUUCUGCAAAAUCCAUACUACCAGUUCACAGAAGAAGAUGGAGACUCUGUCAAGUUUUCAGUUGACUGCGGAACAGAAACGGGUCUAUUAGACAUCGAUUCAUCUACGGGAUUCCUGUCAUAUUCCAUUGAUUAUGACUUAGACGUAAUUGGUACAACUGCUCAGUUAAUAUGUAAGGUUCAUAUUACAGACAACGAGUACAUUGAUACUGCAUAUCUAAACAUUACAAUACUUGAUGACAACGACAAUGCACCGGUUUUUCAGCAGAAUGAAUAUACCUUCUUUGUGACAAGCAUUUCGUCCGUUGGAACUGCAAUUGGAAAUGUUGAGGCUACUGAUAAUGACAUCGGAGUCUACGGAAAUAUAAUUUAUCAUCUUGCACAGGAAGAUAUCAACAAUGGUUUAUUCAGCGUUUCUGUCGAUGGUUUCAUUAGUAGUAAGCAAUCACUUGAAAAUAUUAUACCUGGAACCAUUUUAAACCUAACUGUGCAUGCAGUGGAUAGUGGGGGUAAUGAAAACACUACCUUGGUUUAUAUUGUGAUACCUGAUACAGAUGUCACAACAAAUAUCUAUCGAAAUAAAAUAUAUUACAAGACUUUCUUCAGCUUCUCUCCUAACAUGGCAUGGUUUGUUCCAUUGAUGAUGGUUCUGCUGAUAACCGCUUGCGUGGUAUUACACACUAUAUAUAAGGGAUAUUGUGCAUGUUCUAAGACAGAAAAGAAACAGAAAAAGAUACAACCAAAAUAUCGAAAGAGGAAAACAGUUAUCGAAAUGUGAACAAAUUAUUAAAUGUACUUCAGUCAAUAUGUAUAAUUGUUUAAAAACUAGAUUUUCGAGAGAGAGAAAAAUAACAAUGGGAUAUUUAAAUGAUUUAGAUGAUUUUUUAGAGAAAAAAUUACAAUGGAUGUGAUUAAUUACGAGUUGCACUAAAUGUUGUCAUUAAUGUUUCAAAAUCAUUACCGCAAUUAAUUAAUAAAUGCAGGCUAUUUACAAUGAAUUUCAACACAUAAUAUUAAAAACAACUAACUUUAUAUUUUCGAAAGACCAAGCCAUUCAUUAAAAAUCUAUUUGAGCAGAAGGAAACUUUCUGUGUACCAUCGAUUCAGACCUCCAAGAAACUGACUCAUUUUAAAAAAACAGAAUAAUUUUUAUUUUAGAAAAAUCCCUUGAAAUCACGAACCAAAUCAAAGGAAUAGUUUCCUAACUUUAGAAAUUAUUCCAUAUACAUGUAUAUGAACGUUGUUUAAUAGACUGACUUAAAGUCCUCAGUGUAAAGAUGUAAUUAUAAUACCAGUAAUCAAUGUUAUAGUACGGCACUGCUUUUUGGUGUGUAAAUACAUGACAAUUUCAAUAGAAUGCGACGUAUCACUGGAUUUUUACUUGACAUGGGCAACACGGUGGGUACUACUAGUGAAGCAUGAACUACUUAUGAAUUACUCAAAAGGAGCGCAUGAGUUUAUCGCCGCUUAUUGGUAAGGUUAUUGUUGCUCAAUCUUAAGUUCUCUGUGCAGUGUUUUGUAGAAUGUUUUUUGACUGUUCGUCUUGUUUCGUUUUGCUAUAUUGUGUAUUAUUGACUAUUGUAUUCUUAAUGACCCCCUCUGUCGGUUUUAAUUUUUACCAUUAUUUGAUCUUAUACAAUGCUUAAACUGAAUUUGUAUGGAUUUUUAAAUAAAAUAAACCUUUUAAUCUUGUUAGAAUAAUAAAUAAACGAUAGUUAUCCCCCUCCUAAAAAAUAUCCGACGUAAACAUUUAACAGCAGUAAAAUCACAAUCUUCAUCAUUAAGUCUGCUGAGCCCAAAAUAAAAGUUUUGAAAAGCAGUUUAUUUUAUAUAUCAUUUUAUCAUAAAAACUGUUGUUAAAUACCACUUUCUGUUCUUUUCUUGAAAGUUAAAUCUUACCUCAGCAACAAAUCCCUUUAUUAUUUACAACGCUUGGUAAAAGUUUUGAACAAUCUAUGAUAUCUGUACCUCUGUUGUAAGAUUGUUCAGUAAUGGAAAAAAAAAAGAAUAAGAAAAAUACCGAACUCUAAGGUAAAUUCAAAUGGGAAAAAAAACGGGUUCAUCGUUUUCAUCUUGCUUGCCCAUGAAAUAGUUGCCAAUUCAAAUUAAGCUAGGCAAAUAUCAAUCAAACAGUGUAUUAUAUUAUUGAUAUUAUGUGAGAAAAUGACCGAAAACAUUUUAUUUAUGUAUUUAUUUAUUUAUUAUUUGUAUUCGUUAUUUAUUGUAAAGUAUGAAAUAUUCCACCAAAUAAAUCUAUGAAUUGAA